AUGAGUGAAUCAGAACGCUUCCCUACACUCUCCACCGGUAUCCACCUUACCGGAAAAUGGAACCCUCUGCUCCGGAGCAUCUCCACCGCCGGGUCUCGGCGUCGGGUUGAUAUUGUCAUGGGUUCGACUGUGGAUUCGGAUUACUCGCCGAAAAGAAGCAGUAGCAACGAGCAGACGGGGUCGAUUAUGCUUCUUGGAUGUGAUACACCACUCGUGCUUACUCUUACCUCAACACUCUUGUUACUGUUCUGGAAGGUUUUUUUCUGUCUUCUUAAGAGAGAAAAUUGGAAGAGAUGAUGGUCGCUGGCCAUGGUGCGGAAAUGAAGAUGAAGAAGCUGAUGAGCAUGAAGAAAUAAAGCCUUAUGCUUCACUUCUGGAAUGAUGAUGUAUGAUCCAGGUGAGGCGCUGAAAGCGAUAGUAAUAACAAGCAAGAUAUCUUGUGACAAAAUGAGCCUAUGUGCAGGGAAAAGACUCAGUAACGCUAGCUCUUCAAGCUCCGAGUUCCACGUGCUCGUGGUGAGCGUUCAAAUCAGAGUCAUGCCACAGGAGCAUACCUUACAAGACAAAUAUCAUCCAAAUGGAGUGAUUUUGAGAAGUGGAUAUUAAGAAAGCAAAACAUGAUCAUGAUAAAAGAGAGAUUGAGGGAACCGAUGAUGAAAAAAAAAUACUUGUUCUUUUUUUUAAUGUAAUAGUAUUGUUUUAUGCAUUUUUGAAUAAUUUAU